AUGGGCCCGUGAGUCACAACGCCCGCUUGCCUCAUCCCGCCCUCCCAUGGAGCCCACCACCGCCACCGCCUCCACCACCUCCAGCUUGCCGUGGAACUCCUCCCACUCCGCCCCACAGUUGCCCAACACCUCAAGUCUGUCCCCGCCCGAGGGCGGGGCGCUCUCCCAGUCCCUGGCGCUGUUCGCCAUGCUGCUGAUGGACCUGCUGGCCGUGGUGGGCAACGUGGCCGUCAUGGCGGUCAUCGCCAAGACCCCGCAGCUGCGCAAGUUCGCCUUCGUAUUCCACCUCUGCCUGGUGGACCUGCUGGCGGCGCUGGUCCUGAUGCCCCUGGGCAUGCUUUCGGACCGGGCCUUCUUCGGCGAGGCGCUUUGCCGGAGCUACCUCUUCCUCAGCGUCUGCCUGGUCAGCGCCGUCAUCCUCUCCAUUUCCGCCAUCAACGUGGAGCGCUACUACUAUAUUGUGCACCCCAUGCGCUACGAGGUGAAGAUGACCCUGGGCGUGGUGGUGUCCGUGCUGGUGGGCAUCUGGAUCAAAGCCAUCGUCAUGUCGGCCAUGCCCCUCCUGGGCUGGGCCUUCCAGGGAGGGGGGGCCUUCCUGGAGGGACGCCUCGGGGAUGCCCCCCCGCCCCCGCCGCUCCGGGGCCACAGGCACUGCUCGCUGCACUGGACGGGCGGGGGCUCCAACCGCACGGCCUUCAUGGUCCUCUUCACCGUGGUCUACUUCCUGUGCCCGCUGCUGGUCAUCCUGGUGGUGUAUUGCAGCAUGUUCAAGGUGGCCCGGGUGGCUGCCAUGCAGCACGGCCCGCUGCCCACCUGGAUGGACACGCCCCGGCAGCGGUCCGAGUCCCUCAGCAGCCGCUCCACCAUGGUGACCAGCUCAGGCGCCGCACGCACCACCCCGCAGCGAGCCUUCAGCGGGGGCAAGGCGGCGGUGGUCCUGGUGGCCGUCGGGGGCCAGUUCCUCUGCUGCUGGCUGCCCUACUUCUCCUUCCACCUCUACUCGGCCCUGGCGGCAGCCUCCCCUGCCUCCCUGGCCCACCUGGAGGAGGUGGUCACCUGGAUAGGCUACUUCUGCUUCACCUCCAACCCCUUCUUCUACGGCUGCCUCAACCGGCAGAUCCGGGAGGAACUGAGCAAGCACCUCCCAUUCCUUUUCCGCAGGGGCCCCGGGGAGGAGGACCGGCUGCCCAGCCGCGAGGGCUCCAUUGAGGAAAACUUCCUGCAGUUCCUGCAGGGCACUGGCUGCAACCUGGAGCCCCGCAACUCCCACAGCACCUCCAGCCCCAAGGCCGAGCACCACCCCGUCCUGCAGUCGCAACCCACGCAGCAGCAGCAGCAGCAGCAGCCGCCAAUACCCGUCGACUUCCGCAUCCCCGGCCAGAUUGUGGAGGAGACCUCCGAGUUCAUGGAGCACCACCACAUGAACAAUGACCUCACCAUAUCAGACAACUGCCUCAGAACAAUGUCCUCUCCCAAGCCGGAGGCGUAGUGGUGAGCUGGGCCAACGGUGCUUAUGGACACCCUUUAGGUCCUUUAGGUUGUUUUUUUUUUGGUUGUUUAAUUUUUUUUUAAAUACUUUCUUCUCUCUUUUUUCCGCUCCAUGUGAGUAAUACAUUUUAAAAUAAUGCCUUCAUGGGAGACCAGUUCCAGGCAGGGGAGCGUUGGAGAUGUGCUCCUGAGAUGUUGGGGUAUGUGCAUAAAAUUUUAUCGCGACACUAAAUCCGCCAAACGUACAGAUGCUGUUGUUUAGCGAGAGGUUUGCCAGAAGCUUUAGCGUUUGCCAUCGAAGGCAGUAACACUAAAAUGUCCCUGUUCCUGACUGAAGCAUAUUGCCACACAGCUGCCCUUAAAAUCUAACACCUGGCCAAGCCUGACUGUGGGCAGGUGAAGAACGUAGAGCAAUCUAUUAUCGGGCACCUAUGAAUAUGAAUGGUUACUAAAUGUGGGUUAGCAAGACAAUUUGAAAUAAAACAGCUCAUCAGAAGAGAUUAUAAAUGUUAUAAUGUCAACAUUAUCAACUGUUAUUGGGCUAUUAUUGUUGUGCACUCUCACGGUGCUUCACAGUGCAUGGAUGUGUCUGUGCAAGUAUCGCUGAGGCACUGGCAUUCCACUGCUUAUGAUUGGCUGCGUGUUUAACACAUACAGUAUCAUUGGAUACUACAGAGAUCAGCACUGGCCCCAAUAUGUCAGUCUACCUUCCCUCCGCGGCAAGAUCAGGGAUCAGUUUUUCUGAAUCAGUCACUCACAAGGAUGAUGGGAAAUUAUUUAGACAGCAAGAGCAGUUUUAUGCAUGUACCCCAUGAAGUCCAGAGUGCCUAUGGCCUGUGUGAUACAAUUAGGACUUGAGAAUUUUUCAACUUACCUUAGAGUAGUGUCCUUGUUGUCCGCCCACAGGGUGCCGAUUUAGACCACUCUUCAAUCCCCCUUUUGAUCAGUCGUUUUAAGAACACCCUAAUGUCAUUCAUUCCAUUUGUUCAAGCAGUUCAAGUGUACCUGAAAUUACUUGUAUCACCACAUUAGUGUCAUCAAGCCACUCUUUUCUUGAUAAAUAUUAACAGCAGUGGUGACCAAGUCAAUAUGAAACAUUGAGACUGGAGUUGACUUAGCCUUUCUGGGGAAUUAUUAUACCCCUGUUAUAAAGCAUGGCAAAUUGCACUACAUACUACCACCAUACCGCAUAUAGUUAAAUUUGAGGUGGAGUAUAAUUAAAUGCUAAUGUGAUGUAAUUCAUAACCAGGCAUUUCUCAGCACAAACAUUCCACCUGAAUCUUUCCACAUCAAUCAAAAUUGUUUUGGUAAAUUACUAUGCUAUUACUAUUGAUAAGUUACUGUGCAUCAUUUGAACUCAAAAUAUUAGAGGAAGUGCUCUGCUCAUGUAAUGUGCAUCGUGAGUGCAAAAGAGUGCAAAUGGCAGAACAUUUUGACACUGUGUUGGAAUGGACACAUGCUCUUAAAACAUCAGGUGCUGCCUUGGCUCCUUGGCAGCCAGCCACUGUCAUUGUAAUUUGUAAUUUGGUGAUGCCCGUGGUUUCAAAUUCGUAACUGAAUGAACUGCAGUGAUAGGUGUUGGGGUCAUUUUAAAUCUUUGAGCAAAUGGUGGAUUGGAAUGCUGAACUGAUGAACAAAGCACCCACGAGGGGACGAAAUUGUGUGCUUUUCAAAGAAAAGUGCAGAACUUGUUAAGGCUCCAGGGGCAGGAUAGGAGUAAAUACACUCAAUCAAUUUUCUGUCUGCUGUGGGAGAAUUCAAUGUAAUUAUGCUCAGGUUGAGCUCUGCUUGGUGAAAAAUGAUCACGUAUUCCCCCAGCCUCCAACAUAUCAUAAAAGUCGACAACAGAGUACAGUGACUACAGGCGUCCCAGUUUACACUUCCGUCCACUACUCAUGUGAGAUUAUGGGCAUUAUUUCAAAGUUCCUUUCACGAGUGCUUUUCAAGGACGCGCCCCCUUUUUUAGUAGAUGAGGAAGAGGAACCAAUCUAUUGCACUUGACAAUCCAAGUAAGCUUUAGCAUGUGGUUUAAUGCAGAAACGCCAGUCACGGCUGUCGUGAACCCUCAACUUUUCCUGACUUUGUCCUCGGGAAAUAAACUAACCCCACUCCUGAGGUCAGUAAUGGAGCAUAAAAAACCCCGUCCCGCCCAGGGACUGUCCACAUGUGUCUCUCUGUACUCCUCCUCUCUCCAGUCCAGCAAGGGACCAACCUCGAUGUUGUGGUCCCCCCCCCGCCGUCUGCGGGAGAACUUGCCAGUACGGCUGCACGAGAGGAGCGUCUCAUUUUCCCCCCAAAAAAUCCCAGGGCAACAGCAUCCGUUCGGCCACCCUCAGGGGCCCCAAAAUAAUCAGGUCACAUUCGGCGGGGCGAGAACUGCACUCCGCUGUGAUUCGCUGUCGGCGGUAGGUGAUGAGGCGUGGGGAUUAAGAGCUGGGCUACAGCGUUUAUGAAGAAGGGGGCUACCUGAGCCCCUCCCCCUUUACCUUCACAUUUUAAAAAAAAACACUUCAAGUCAGUGCUGCCUGUUUUUUCCAAGGAGAUUAAAAAAGCGUUUACCUCCAUUCCUUGGCCUCACUUGGGCUGUAUCCUGAUUUAACUGUUUACCAAGAGCCGGCUUUAUUCGAGGAUUAUAAUAUGCCCCUAUCCUCUGUGGUAUUUAUAGUAGCGAGAUGGAGACUUUUUUAAACUUCUGCCUGAAUGCAAUAAUGCUUUGCCUGGGUAAGGUAUUGUUUAUAAGUGUGUCAGCAUGGUCUCAUGAUUUUCAGCUCAUGGGAGCGUGUCUCUGCUCCCUCAAACAAGGCUCGAUUGUUCCGCGCGCUGAUAUCUCCUCGAUUUGUCUGUUCCAAACGCGCCAUGACCGUCAGAGAUUACAUUUUACAUAAGAAGAGACAAGCGUUUCCCGUGGUCUCGAAGGAAAGAAUUGCCAAAGCCGAAAGUCUCCACACCAAGAGCUGCUACAGUGCUUUUCCCUCAGGUGACCAAUAUCAGUAUGCCCCGGCACAAGCUGAGUGAUUGCCAUCCUUCUAGUGUGGUGGGAAGAAGGUGUCUACAGAGGUAAAUGAUAGCUGUGUUUGCAAUUUCCUCUGUUUCCCCUUCAACUGGUGUGUUUUUUAAUCUUUUACAUAGAUAACCCAGCAAUGUUGCAGAGGAUGAUGAUGAUCAAAAUGAUAACAAUAACAAUAUAACGAUAACAACAAUCCUGUUUCUUUCUCAUGCGGUUAAUAUAUACCUCUUCUCUUAACGGUGAGCCUAAAUUUUAUAAGGGUGUCUGUUCUCUCAGAUGCAUCUCAUCGGUUUGGAUAAAUAAUUGGCUGAUGCUGGGAUAUGAGGAUUUUGUGAACAGAGCUGCUUUGUACCGCUGCAUAUAAAUAUACUUUCCAUCACACACCGAGCUAGACAAUCAUGUCCCCGGGGACUGACAGAUUAUGAGUAAGCUAAACACUGUAAAUGGUGGUGGCCAGGCGGCAGGUAUCAGUGCUGUCGGAGGAUCCUGGGGGAAUAUUACAUUCGCUGAAACCUCUUUGUUUCCACAAUGCGCUCGGAAAGAGCUUGAACUUGAGAUUAUGCCUUAGUUCUGGUUGGCCCUAAAGCAUUGUCAAUUUCACACGUUUUUAAUUGGGUAAUCACGGCUUUGGGGUGCAUUUUGCCAAAACGAAAAAGAGGAGGUGGAAUGCGAAAGGGAGGAAUGGGAAUUAUGGGAAGACUUUACUCAUGGGCGUUGAAUGAGAGCUGUGAUGGUCACACUUGAAACUGAAAUGAGUCGCUCAAUCUUAUCUCCCCGUCUGACAACUUGAAGUGAAGAAGGAACUCCUACAGCGAAUCAUGACCACCAUGUCACACCGCAACCCCCCCCCCCUUUGUGCAGCUCAAAUCAGACUCUGUCAAGAGCAGUUUUGUGGUCAAACACUAUUUUAGACUCGGCUCUGCCAUUUACACAAAGCCAUGAUGUUCUGCACCAGCUGUACCCAGAUGAAAAAGCAUGGCCGUCUGAUACGGGCCGGGGCCUUUUGGAAUGGCUUCGGGUGGAACACGGUCUCCGGCGGAGACAGAUCGCUCCGAUCAAGUGCCAGCCUCUGCCCCCCCCUCCCCACCCCGCUGCUGUUUACUGGUAAACCUCAGGCCGACCCCUUCUCUCCUGUAUGCUCUGACCGCCCCGCGUGUUUUGCCAUAAGCAAUCGCGGCUUGUUGUGACCACAUUGUGGGUGGUGGCGACGACGCGUUUCACGUUCCCGCGCAUGACCAAUCCCCCCCCCCCCCUUGCCUGCAGCACCACCACAAGACAGGAGAGCCUGCUACCCCCUCCCCCCGCUCCCUUUCUAUCUGUCUCUAUCUCCCUCUCUGCCUUCCCUGAUUCUCUCUCUCUAAAAUUCCAGAUUUAAAAUAAGCUUUAGCAGCGCAGCAAGGUACCCAAGAAUUAAAGCCCUAAGAAACUGAGACAGAUUUGUACAACAAGUCACGUACAUGCAGCGUUUUCCUGCCCUUUGCCCUCAAACACCUCCACACACACACGCACACAGACACACAGACACACACACACACACACACACACACACACACACACAUACACAAACACACACACACACACAGUCACACAUGCUCUUUUGUAAAGCAGGGUCAAGGAGAGAAAGAGGGACAAGGAGCAGAAGGCCUUCAUCUUCAGAGGACACACGCCAUUGCAGAAAAUGGGGUUUCUGGUCAGGAGAUGAACUGCUAUGGGAAUGGACUUUCUUGUGCAGCGUUAUGGAGAAGGUGGUCCCUUGUUUUUGGAGACCCAUCAUUAAAGAGGAGGAGGGCUCGUUGUAUAGGAGGAGAGCGACAUUUUUCCAAAUUUACUUGUGUAAUGACCUCGGUUGCAGCUGUUGUUCUUUCACCCUUGUUUAUAAUAAAUAUUUUGUUCUUGAGGCUAGACAAGGGCACACAAGGUGUUGUGUGGCGAGUUCCACUUUGGGAGAGUGGAUCAAAGGGAGCAAAAUUAAACAUAAUACUCUUUAUCGAGUGGAGCAAUAAGCACUGAACAAGUCUCUCACUGAAUUCCAACCCUUUGGCCUCAACAGAGGCACAAUACACAGUGCUAAGUGUCGAGAAACAGCUUCUGCUUUGUUUCAGUCCGUUUCCCCUUAACGAAGCAGGCGUCAUAAGCACUGAAACACUGGACACGAAAGCCAUUUCCAAACACAUGUUUAUAUGACAGCACCCUCGAGUAGUUCUGUGGGAGAGAAGACACUUUUUUCCAUGCGCUCUUAUGACUGAGACCUCUGGCUAUGGCAUGAAAAUCAGGAAUAGGGUGUAACUGGGGAGAACAUAGUCAUCCCUGCAAGACUGUAAAGUACUGUUGUUUUUUUUUUUCCACGUAAGCCAACGAAAACAGGACAACCUGCCACAGCGAUUCAGGGACUGUCUCAGCGCCUACCCCUUUUGUCGCAAAGACAUACAACUAUAUUGUACAAGCUCAGUCUACAGUCCUGCAUUUGCGAUUCUCCUGACAUGAAGAUUUUUUCCUCAAAAGUACCUCAGAGCAGAAAUGCGCUAAAAUUUUUUUUUUCUUCUGUUUUGAUUUGUAACGCAGACCUGUACAACCACCCACCCCCACCCCUUUCCCCCACAAUGCCAUGAAUUUUCAACACUUGUGCGUUGCUCGCCGGCGACAGUGGGAGAGGGACUGUUUGACUUUCAAAAGCCGGCCUUCUUUGACCUUUCUGAGUUGCAUACUUGACGUUUGUCUUGAGGCUGUGCUGACGUCACGUGUGGAGCGGCAAGCUUCACAAGAAUAAACGUUGUACUGUGUGUGAAG